UUUGCCGCGGACCAGAUUCCUCUAGGCGCCUUGGUUCAGGGCAUGUCUCUCCAGCUUCCCCUUCGUCUUUUCGAUCUUCUUGGCAUCUGCAUAAAGGUCUCCAAGCCAGGUGUUUCUCGGACGCCCUCCCCUGCUCUUCCUUUGAGGGUUGCAGGAUGUAAUUUCCUGUCAGUAAAAAGGGAGUAUAUUGUACACAAUAUACUUUAAUGAGCCGAUCAGAGAACAGCCAUGGCCAGUCUUGCAAGUGCGUUUACCGAUCUCGAGAAGAUAAACUGGCUAAAAGCAUGGCUAGCCCUAGAUAUUACAAAAAAAGGUUUGCAAGAUUUUGUUGAUAAAGAAAUAUGUAAAGUGCAAACACGCAUUCUGCAAACGGCUUGUGUCAGUUCGAAUAUUUCGACAAACACUUUGUGCACAAAAUGUUGUACUGCAAAUUUAUUGCGAUGUCCUACUCACGGAAUGUGUAGAAGAGGCCAAAAUACAUGCUUUACUCUGCAUGAUACGCAAGAGAAACAGCCUAGGCCGUGUCCCAAAAACGUAUGUGAUACUGUCCAUGAUGAAAUUAUAAAAAAACACGCGUGGUCAGGACCGUCUUGGAAGAACACUUCAGCUGAACAAUGGGGAACCAAUAGCUGGCAAAUUUCAAAAUGUUUUAUGCCACCAGAUGGGUACACAGGGGUGCAAUCAUUGCAAGAUACGGAUUUCAACGGAAUCAUCAAUGUUAUGAUAAACUGUAGACAUUUUGCUACAAUAUUUUCCUUUACCGUAGCCCCGCAAUCAAAUAGUCCAUGUCUUUUGGCCAAGGCGCGUGAUUUCUGUAAAGCUGUUCGCCAUACAACUGACUGCAAAGUGAAAGAUACCGUUCUCAAGGACAUGUUUACCAGCUUUAAAACGUUACUUAAUGACCCAAUGUGUCUAGCUAACGAUCAAUAUGCACAGGAGGCAGUCUUGCAGUUAAUGCAGCUUGAAAAUGAUACAAUUAACAUGGAAAACGUGUAUCGGCUGAUGCAAAAUGUCCAGGAGUCAAUUCAAAAUGCAGCAAAUAGUAACAUGCACAUAUUGAAAGCUAUGGAUGAUAUGAAAAACUAUAUGGACAAACACAAAGAUGAAUUCAACAAACAUGUUGAACAACAGAAACAAGAUAUAGUUGCAACAACCAAUCAAUGUAUUCAGUCGGUUCAUAAAGCGAAAAUAAAGGAUGAUGAAGCGAGCUAUACUGAUGCGAUUAAAGAUUUUCAAGGCCGCCUGAUUCAGCACUAUCACAUAGCAUUAAGUCACUUGAGUAUUUCACCAUUGUUGCAGAGUGUGGAUAAACCUUUACAAGAAAUUUUUGUUAAACCGGCAAUUUACAAAAAAGAGAUAGACAAGAAUGGAAAACAAACGAAAUCAAAACAACUCACGACGUACAAAGAUUUUCUUUUUAAUGAUAGUAAGUUACACAAGCAUAUCUUUUUACAAGGUGAACCUGGAAUGGGAAAGACCACACUUGCAGCUAAGAUAGUACAAGAUUGGUGCAAUAGUGUGAGCGGAUCCUGUGCUCAAGAUAAAAUAUUUAAAGACCUUGAAACACUGAUCGGAAUACAGUUUGUGUUUCACAUUCUAUUAAGGGAAUCUACUGACCAUCGUGAAGCAUUUGAAAUGAUUAAAGACAAAAUUAUUGAUAUGAUAUAUUGCGGUGAAGAAAGAGUAAAAGCAUUUCACCUCCUUCAAAAAAUAAUGAGUAAAGAAGCAUGUUUAGUGAUUCAAGAUGGACUGGACGAAUAGGCAGAUCCUAAGGGUAAACUGGCACUUCCAAUAAUGGUGUCAAUGCACCAACAAUGCACAGUGUUAAUCACAACACGCCCGUGGCGUUUGAAUGACGAACGUAUCAAGGACUCACAUAUAGACCUUUUGUUAGAACUGGAAGGAGUGGAUGAUCCAUUUGAACAGAGUAAAAGGAUUCUCUGUUGUUGUAAUGCAGAUGAUACAAAAGAGAAGGAAUUCAAAUUCUACAUUUACGAAAACAGACUUUACAAAUUAAUAAAAACGCCGAUGGUGCUGUCAUUGAUAGUUUGUUAUUGGGUGGAAGGCAUUCAUUUAACGGGUUCAACAUGUACAAUAUAUGCUUUGCUUCUCGACUAUCUAUUUAAAAAAGCAAACGGAAGAGAGAAUUAUGAUGAUCCUUCGCCAGUAACUUGUUUUAUCAACAAGAAAUAUCUUCAACCGCAUGGGCAAAUUUUUGGUACUUUGUCUAAAGUUGCCUUUGAAAGAUUGUUUUCAUCUGAAAAGGAAAGCUCUUUGGUUUUCAAAGAAAGCAUAUUGUCAAAAUAUUUUGAUGACAACCAGAAGACAGUUUUACUCAGAACUGGAGUUUUAACAGUAAAUAAGACUUUUACUCUCACUAACAGACCAUCCACAUGUUCGUUUAUACAUAAAAGUGUUCAAGAAUUUUGUGCUGCGUUCUAUUGCGCUAAAAACGAACACGUUAUGUGUGGUGCCAUUACAGACUACCUCGUACAGGAUUACAAUAAGAUCAACGAUAUAUUUACGGUAUUUAAAUUCUUGUGUGAACUAAAUAUUGGUGCAGCUUAUAAACUCUCUCGUAUAUUGAACGAGUGCCUUAUCCGUAUAAUGGACAAUGUCACAAAUAUUGAGACAAUACAGUCCAUUACAUCUGCUCUGCAAAACAUGAUUAUCUCUGGAUUAAAAGAGGCUGUAAAGAAUGGCUUGCAGAACAGCGAAAUCAAAGUAGACUUGAAAUUUUUUCGUUUCAGUUUCUUGGAAAAUUGCCCAAUUCUCGACGUCAUCCUAAAAGCAAACGCACCUAAUAUCCACACACUGUUUGUUCAAAAUGCAACAGUAUGCGAUGUUCAAAAAAUAAUCGAUAAAUGUGCGAACAGCAUUGAGCACUUGUCUGCGCUUUUUUUACGGCUGCUUUGGUAUGCGCGGAUAUAAAACAUCAAUUGGCAUAUCUCUUGACGUGUCGUUGUGUCAGCGCCUCAAAACAAUAUUGAUUCAUGGAUGUAUGUCACGUGAUAUUGAUGAUGAUAACGAGCUAUUACGGAAUUUUCCAUGGAUUAUAUUACCACCUUGCCUAUGUAGUGAGUAUGAAUUGUUAACGUGCAGUAGCUUACAUUGUAACCAACAACCAACAUUUGCACAUGGUCUCCAUAACCUGACGAGCAUUAAAUUGAAACUUAAAUGCAGAUUUGAUGGGUUGGACUUGUCUUCCUGUCCAAAUCUAGAGAAAAUAUAUAUACAAGGUAUGUCAAUCAUUAUGUUGCCAAAUGCUCUUCAUGGUCUUCAGAAGCUGAACUAUUUAAGUCUACAAUGUACUUGUGACGGAUUGGACUUGUCUUACUGUAAAAAUAUAGAAACAAUUUAUAUCAAAGAACCUAUAACACACAAAAAAGCAGAACAAAAAUGCAGGGGUUACAAAAUGGACUUAACUUCCGGUUCAAAUAAAGUGAAAAAUGACACAGACAGACCUAUAACAUUGAUACCGAAUGCUCUACAGGGUCUUCACAAUCUUAAAAAGGUAUUUUUACAAUGCAAGUGUGAUGGGUUGGACUUGACUUCCUGUCCAAAUAUAGAAGAAAUAUAUAUAAAAGGACCUGUAACAUUGGUGCCAAAUGCUGUACAUGGUCUUCUGAAACUUAAAAAUGUAUCACUAGAUUGCAAGUGUGAUGCGUUGGACUUGUCUUCCUGUCCAGAUAUUGAGCUAAUAGAUUUAGAAGGAGCUGUAACAUUGCUGCCAAAUGGUCUACAAGGUCGUCAGCAACUGAAAUUUGUAUCACAAAAUUGCAAGUGUGACGGGUUGGACUUGUCUUCCUGUCGAAAUAUAGCGCAAAUAUAUAUAAAAGAACCUGUAAUAUUGUUGCCAAAUGCUCUGUGUGGUGUUCAUGAGUUGUUUUUUCUACGUCUCGGCUGCACGUGUGACGGGUUGGAUUUGUCUUCCUGUUCAAGUUUAAUUGAAUUGGAUAUCAACGGACCUGUGACAUUGUUGCCAAAUGCUCUACAUGGUCUUCAGAGGCUGGAAAAGGUCUCACUAAAAUGCACGUGUGAAGGGUUAGACUUGUCUUCUUGUCCCAAUAUAAAACAAAUAUAUAUAGAUGGACCUGUAACAUUGUUGCCAAAUGCUCUACACGGUCUUCAGAAGCUGAAAGAAGUAUCACUAAAUUGCACGUGUGAAGAGUUAGACUUGUCAUCAUGUCGGAAGAUAGAGAAAAUAAAUCUAAAUGGGCACGUGACAUUGUUACCAUAUGCACUACAAAAUCUUAAGAAACUGAAAAUGGUAUUAACAAAAUGCAAUUGUGACGGGUUGAACUUGUCAUCGUGUAAAAAUAUAGAGACAAUAUAUAUAAAGGAACAUGGAACAUUGUUGCCAGAUGCUCUACAUGGUCUUCAUAAGCUGAAAAAUGUAUUUUUAUAUUGCAAGUGUGAUGGGUUGGAUUUCUCUUCAUGUCCAAACAUACAGACAAUUCAUAUCGAUGGACCAGUAACCUUGUUGCCAAAUACUUUUCAUGGUCUCGUGGAGCUGAAACGGUUAUGGCUAAAAUGCAAGUGUGACUUGUUAGACUUGUCAUCUUGUCAAAAUAUAAAGAACAUAAAUAUAAAUGAAAACGUGACAUUGUUGCCAAAUGCUCAACAUGGUCUACAGAAACUGGAAAAGGUAGUACUAAAAUGCAAGUGUGACUGGUUCGACUGGUUUGUGUUAUCAGAUUAUCCAUAUUUACCGAUGGAUCUUUGGUUAGAUACGUUAUCACUAUAUUGCAAGUGUGAACGGCAGUACUUGGUGUCCUGUCAAAAUAAAAAGAUAAUACGUGAUAUUGUCGCCCGAUACUAAACAUGGUCUUCAGCAGCUGCAUGAAAAAGAUAAGACUAUUGUGCAAGUGUGGCCUGUUCGACUUGUCUUUCUGCCUAACGAAUGAGGCAAUGCUGAUCAAAGAACAUGUAACAGCGUUGCCAAAUGCUCUAAAUAUAUUCAGGACCUGAAUAAUCAAAUCCCUUAAUUGCAACUGUGACGGAUCGACCAUGUCAUGCUGUCCGUAAGAUUGAGACAUUAAAAUUAAAGCAAAUUCGACAUUGUUGCUUAACGCUACGGAAUUCCUGACUGCGGAUAGAACUGUUAUCUAGCAGUAGUGCAAAAUAUUGUUUAUAUGUGUUCUGUUUUGGGCUGCAUUUAGUUAGUGUUCGUUAUUUUUAUUAUAUUAUACAUAGUUAAUAAUUAUAUAUUCUAAAAGGGACUUGCUCACACUUUGGAAUGAUGACAAGUUUUAAACAAAAUCAUUGUCUCAUUCAAAAAAGCAAAAUAACACUUCUGACUUAAUUUUUAAAAGGUAUGUUAUAUUAUUGAAAAACAUCAUUAAACAUCGGAAAAAAACAAUAAAACGGCUGUAACGCUUUACGAUUAUAUAAAAAAGAUUGAAAUACAAAGAUAGUAUUUUAAUUACCAUGUUUAUAUUAAAACCUGCGCAAACUAGUGGUAGAGCGUAAUCUAUUGCUAAGAGGUCCCAGUUUCGAACUCUAAAACCGGCAUAAUUUUAUAAUUAUUAAAAUAAUGUUUUCUUGUUUCUUGUUCUUAUUAAUUUUGUAACAAUUCCAAAUAUCAAAGUGUAGUUUAAAAUAAGUCUAAUUACAUUUAAAAACACAUUUGUGAGCAAGUAAAUUUCAAAUUAAAUUUGAUUUAAUAGUUUGCUAAUUUUGAUCAUUUUUGACCAAAUGCUUUGUUUUAACCGACGUCUCAUUCAUUGUCUACAGUAUAUACUAGGAUGCAUACGACCAUGUAUUAACGACAUCAAGCAUACUUAAAUCUGCUUAUAAAUAAUAACUUACAAAGUGUGCAUGUUUAUUUACAAAUUGUCAUUUGACAUACACUGGUAUACGAUAAAUGGCCAGUAGAACUAUUAAUGUACAUUAUCUAGUUAUAUUAUUAUGUCAUGUUCAUAACCAUCAUCUAAACAUGUGUAUGUUUAAUUGCAUUUAAAUGACACAGUUACCUCGCAUGCAACAAACAGUAUCCGUGUAUGUAAAUUAUACUCGUAUAAUAUUGUUUCGAGUAAAAUUAAAUCUAGUAUUAUGGUUUUAUACAAAUCAAAUAGAACAAUGCUUAUAAGUUUUAAUAAUUGACCUUGUUAAUGGUUAAAAUGUACUAGUGUAAUAAGAUAUUGGUGUUUAUAUCAUGUACAUGAUUUGAUCUUUUCUUCAUUUUUCGACGAUCAGAUAUAUACUAGGCCUAUAAUUAUUAUUUUGUUAUUUUCUUAUACUGGUGCAAGGAUAUACACAUUUUGCGAAAUAA